UGCGAAAUGGCAAGGAGAAGAGGGGAGUGUGCGCAGUUUGAGAACUACAAUUACCAGAACCACAUUUAAAAAGAAACCCUCCGUUACACACGGAAGGUCACGCAGGCGAUUGAACGCCGAGGCGUGUGUCGCAGCACCGGGUAAUAAUACAGCUGCGUCUCACGCGUCGCUUCCUUGUUGGUGAAGUACCCGGGCGGUCUCCGUUGUCUCUCACACAGCGCUGCAUCCAUGAAGUGAGUAAGAGCCUAGAUCCCCCCGACAACGCCGCACGCUGCCGCCCCCCCCCGCCCGACCCCCGACAACGCCGCACGCUGCCGCCCCCCCCGCCCGCCCGCCCCCCCGACAACGCCGCACGCUGCCGCCCCCCCCGCCCGCCCGCCCCCCGACAACGCCGCACGGUUCUGAGCCUGCCACUAUGUUCAGGGGACUGGUGAGAUUUCCCAGUCGUCUUUGGGGACCUGCUCUUUCCCUUGGCAAGGACUGCUCAAAAGGUCCGCUGGCCCCCCUCCCCAUCACUCGCAGCGCCCACUCGGCCGCCACCUCGGAGAGGAGGAAGUUUUAUGAGGAUGUCAGCAUAUCCCAGGGAGAAGGUGGCCUGUAUGAGAUCAACCUCGACCGGAGGAAACUGAAGACACCAGGUGGGAAGCUGUUCACGGUGCCAAAUGAAGCUCUGGCCAUCGCCGUGGCAACGGAGUGGGACGCACAGAGGGACACGCUCAAGUUUUACACCAUGCACUUGACCACUCUGUGCAACACUGCUAUAGAUAACCCCACACAGCGGGACAAGGACCAGAUGAUCAACGCUGCACUCAAAUUCUUGGAGACUGAUACAAUCUGCUACAGAGUGGACGAGCCUCCGGGUUUGGUUGAGCUGAUGAACAACGAAUGGGAACCGGUGCUGCGCUGGAUUGAGAAAAGAUAUGAUGUCGUCAUCGGCUCUUCCUCCAGCAUACUGGGUCCAGAGAUCCCGGAGUCCACCAAGGAAACAUUUCGACAGCAUCUCAACUCCUACAACUUCUGGUCCCUGACAGGACUGGAAUAUGUGAUCACCCAGUUGAAGUCAGUGGUGCUCUCCUUUGGACUGAUUGACAGACGCUUGACUGUUGAACAGGCUGUACUGCUUUCCAGGCUGGAGGAAGAAUACCAAAUUCAGCGUUGGGGGAACGUGGAGUGGGCCCACGACUAUGACAUGUACGAGCUGAGGGCACGGACAGCUGCCGGAGCCCUGUUUCUCUAUCUGUCGUCAGAGACUUCCACCGUCAAACGCAAACUCCUACAGGACUAAAAAGGUGUCAGAUCUGUCAGGGAAAUGCAGCGUAUGACACGCAACCGCAGAUGCGUCAUAAAAUGCGCAGCAUAGCUGUGUUGGUCUGUUCUGGUCUGGACUGGCAGCUGCUCGGGCAGUGAUCUGUUAAAGCACCAGUGAGUCAUUUCCCCCCCAGUAACGCCAAAACAUUGGCUUGUCUUUAUCUGUAGUCUCAUAGGCGUCAGCUGCCAAGUGCAGCACCCGUCUUUGUUAACAGUUUUGUGUUUUGAGUCCGUUCGCAGUCAUCCGUGACAUUCUGGACACGGUGCAGACUUCCAUGGGAGCAGCAACAAAUGUUGUGCAUUUGAGGGCUGCAUGUUUACUUCCUGUAUGUCCCGUCUUGCUAGGUUUAAAACAUUAUUUAGCAUUUCUACGAUCUUCAGCACAAGCACCAUUCCUGCUGUAGCCGCUGUGCGAUGUUAAUGCUUGUGUUUUGUGCAGGUGUGCCAUGUGACAGUUUAAACAUGCUAUAUUGAAACCAGACUCAUGGAAGUGGUAAUUUUGCCGUCAUCCAUGCUGCACAUCAUAAUGGGAUUCCCUCUUCUCAUUAAAGCAGUACAGCAUUUUUGAGGAUUUAAGUGUGAGAGGAGGGGGGGUGAAACGGGCUUUAACAAGAAAUCCUGCCCAUCUGUAAACCCUGUAAAGUGUAAUGCAUCAUCCAGACAUUUCUGUUUCAGCACAGAUAUAUACCUCCUGGCCUUAUGUUGUCAUUUGUUUGUAUAAAGUUGUCUGUGUUGCAAGAUAUGUUGAAAUAAAUUCAAAUCAUCAAUAGAAUGGGCUAGCCUGUUGUGUCUGAAUGACUUUGCCUGGGUUGUGAAUAUGAACCAGACUUAUGAAGACGUGAGUUUGCUGUUUCCAUCCAUUAUCUGAACCGCUUGUCCUGCUCUCAGGGUUGUGGGGGCCGCUGUCACUGGGCGGCAGGCGGGGAGACACCCUGGACAGUCCGCCAGGCCAUCACAUGGGGCCGACAUACGUAUCUAUAUAUAUAUAGAUAGAUAGAUAGAUAUAGAUCAGUGUUUCUCAACCGGGGGUCCGCGGACCCCUAGUGGUCCGUGGUGUAAUUGCAAGGGGUCCGUGAAAAUAAAAUAUCUUUAAAAAAAAGAUCCUAUGACAUUUAUAGAAAUAGGAUUAUUUUACUCAAAUGUGACUGAGACCUUU